AUGUUUCAAAGGAGUACAACCCUAAGCCGAAUUCUAAACCUCGUGCCUGGGAAACGUCGUUUUGGCAUGUAUAGAUUUCUUCCUUUAUUUUUUUGCAUCGGGGGCGUCAUGGAGUGGAUCAUGAUCAACGUGAGAAUAGGAAAAGAAACGUUUUAUGAUGUCUACCGAAGGAAACGAUCAGAAAGGGAGUACCAACAGAAAUUAGCAGAUGGUUUCAUCGUUCUAAAUGAGCCUACAGCCAAGUGA